CAUCACCUUGUUUGCCCAAUGCGGCCAAAGUCCACCAGUCUUAUUAUUUUGUUAUUGCGCUGCCCCAUCGGAGGAUCAGAAGACACUCGUCAGAUCGGCGCAGCAGUCGGGACGUCAGAGGGAUCAGCAGCGGGACACUCACUUUAGUGCGAUGUCUGAGUCACUUGGUGCUCCUCAUCAUGAAGCCUGCAAUUCAGGACCCCCAAACCCAACCAGAAGAACUGAGCGUCAGAGACUUUGUGAUGUUAAAGGUGUUCCACUCAUCUCAUCCAUGCAUGAAAUCUUUGGCAGGGUAGAAAAGUUCCAGGCCAAAGCAGAUGAUGUUUUAAUAGCCACCUACCCCAAGGCAGGUACCACCUGGAUGAUUGAAAUCAUGGACAGCAUUCGCCAAGGUGGCAUCACAAAAGAAAUCAAAACUAUCCCCAGCCAUGAGCGCGCCCCAUUUCUGGAGAUGAACAGAAUAGACACUGUGCCAGCAGGUCUGGACCUUCUGAAGGACCUGCCAUCUCCUCGACUUGUGAAAACUCAUCUCCCAUUCCAGCUGGUGCCACAGUCCUUCUGGGACAAAGGGUGCAAGACAAUUUAUGUUGCCCGGAAUGCCAAGGAUGUCCUCGUUUCAUACUACUUCUUCCAUAAGAUGGCCACUAGCCUGCCAAAUACGGGCACCUGGGAUGACUUCUUUGAGAGCUAUCUGUCAGGAAAUGUGGCGUGGGGCUCCUGGUUUGAUCACGUGACAGGUUGGUGGGACGUCAGGGAAAAGCACCAGAUCCUCUAUGUCUUUUACGAGGACAUCUUGCAGGACCCGAUGCGGGAAGUGGAGAGGGUGGCACGUUUCUUGGGUCACACACUGGAUAAAGGCACAAUUCAGGAAAUCGUGAAGCACACCUCCUUCGACAUGAUGAAGGACAACCCCAUGACUAACUCCAGCACAGUGCCCAACACUCUCAUGGACGUGAGCAUCUCACCCUUCAUGAGGAAAGGCCAAAUGGGAGACUGGAAGAACCACUUCACUGUGGCUCAGAAUGAAAGGUUCGAGGAGGAGUACAGGCGGCGAAUGGCCAAAACAUCACUGCGUUUCAGAACGGAGCUCUGAGCUUGGGACGAAACUGAGGGAGCGGAUACAUCUGUCUUACGGCGCUUUGGAGCCCUCUGCUGGACAUCUCGUGCAUUGUUUAAGUUUAGGAUCUUGGAUUUGUACACAUGGAGACAUAAAUUGAUCUUGUGUGUAUCUAAAUAUGAAACACUUGUAAA